AAAAGCUCAAAAACUUUCACCGCGUUGAGUCAUCCUGUUCUGUGCUGGUGGAAAAAUCGUCAAAACUGUUAAAAAUCGUUAAUUUCCGUGCUAAAACCGGUGCUCAGAUUGUUCCCGAGAGUAAGUACCAUCCCGCCAACGUGAAAGUAACUCCCAGAAAUUGACACACCAUUUCCUGACUGCUUCUUUCGGCAUCGUCGUCGUCGUCAUCGCCAUCGCAUCACCACGGAGUGAGUAAACGUUCAGCAAACGUUUGCAAAUGGCCUCAUCGUUGAAUCGAAUUUUCUCCAAGAAGUUCAAGUCCGUCGAGCUCAGCGGCGACGAAAUGGACCACCAGGAGGAUGAUUUCGCUGGGUUCAGCGAUAGUGGAAGCGAAACGGAAACGAUUUCCGAGCGGGAUAGCUGCGGCGAAGAGGAAUGGUCCUCGGUGAAGAGUGGUGGCGUAGCGCCAGCUGUGAAGGGGAAUGGAAAGUUGCAGCGGAAUCCGACUAGACGGCCGAAUCCGAAGAUAUCGAACCGGAAUGCACUGUUGGCGCGGGAGAAUCGACGGCGUAAGAAGGAGCAUGUUGAGAGUUUGGAACGGGAAGUGGACGAGCUGAAGGAGAGCAAUGGGAAGAUCCGGAAGGCGCUGCGGAAGAAGUCUAAGUUGGUGGAGCAGUUGACGCGGGAGAGAAACUAUCUGAAAAGUGUGAUUGCCAACCGAACGGGGAUAAUGGCGGUGUUGAAAUCGGUUCAGAGGACCGGGCUGCCGAUGACAUCAUCGGGGUUGAGUUACGUGACGGGGCCGAUGGCGCGGAGGAUUGGAAGCAGCAGCGACGAGGGAUUGGGGGCGUCGCCCCAUUCGAUUCUGACGGACGAGGAGGACAAAUUCAACCCACACAACGAUUUAGGUUUGUCCGGGCAGGAGGUGUCGUUCGAGGAGGAAUUCAGUCGGCUGCCCGACGUGGACGAGCUGUUGUCGACGAUGGCCGGCAGCGGGGAACGGUCGAGUAGCAGCGGAGAACAAGUAAUUACCACAGAGCAUAACUAUUUCGAACACAGUAAUCACAACUCGUUGGAAUCAGGUUCCGGCGCGGCGGCGGCGGCAGGAGUUUGCGUCCACAUCGUUCCGGGAGGACGCGUCUCCGUGGAGUUUUGCGCUUCCUGUGCGCUGAGCUCCCAGCGGGCGUGGCUCGAGGAAGCCGAGGAGCGAUGAAUAAUUGCAGGUUAAAGUAGAAUGUCGGUAUCAUUAUUAUAUGCUUUAUUCCUAGUAUUAUAAGACUCAUCCAAUCUCUCACACAUUGUUAUCGUAAGAAUGUUCUACUUAGGGCUCGGGACAGGUCCAACCAGUUUCCAUAGUUUAUGUUUUCCGUUAGAUUCCGUAUCUUUUAAACCAUUCACACCAUUUGCAUUUCAAUAGAAACGUCCAGUUAGGGAAUUCCCCCAUCCCAUACAAAAAGAGAGACCAAACAAGUUGGAGUAAUGACAUAUAGAAUAAAAUAGCACACAAGACAAGACUACCCCUUUGUCGAAAUCAGGAAAAAUCACGUUACUAGUUAAUGUAUGUGUUGCAAUUUCAGCUGUGGCGGAACAUUCGGAGUAGCGCAUCGCAGAGAAUAUGAACAAGAGAGAGCGGGCGAGAGAAUCUACCAACGUCAACGAAGCAACGUUUCGUAAACGUUUUUGCGCGCAUCGAGCUUCACGCAAAGCAGUCAAGCUAGCUCGGCCUUUGGACCCACGAUGUGCAGCAAGAUCCCGUGCCUCUUCCUUCGUUUUCAGUCCUCCCAGAACUAAAGAAUGUAUCGAACCAAUUGUUUCGUGUGUCGCUUCGUCAGCCCGACAACGAAAGGGUCGCAGCUCGAUCGGACGGAGUGGUGAAAUGAGAAAGUCCCGAAUUUCACCCCCCUAAAAUAAGCGGACACUCAUUCCACCCGGGGAUCGUCCGGUUGGGCUCGGCCUGUCCGCCCACUCACUUGAAACACGUUGCUCUCAUGUCGAUUUUUCUCUGUCGUUGAAAACUGUUCUUUCAGACCGCGGUGAUGGGACGAUGGCGCGCCCUGAUGGGUCAACCAGAAACGACGCGCAUCGACUGUGAUAAGCUCUUCACCACAAUUCCCGGACGAGAGAUAAGCAAACACAAAGUCAUAGAAUGUUAUGUUUCCCAUUGAUAUGUUGUACAUUCGAG